GAGACACUUUCUAUGAGAGCAGGGAUCCUCUCACACCAUCACUGGCCAGUGCCUUUCAGUACAAUCAGCAUGCAGGGCUGGAACGUGGUGCUACUUGCUGUGCUCUGUGCAGGCUGUGUGACCAGCAUCAAGAUGCUUGGAGACGUAGACCAGGUGAGGAUGACUUCAGAGGGAUCUGACUGCCGCUGUAAAUGCUUUAUGAGACCAUUAAGCAAAGAGGCGUGUGCCCGCAUCAAAGAUGGAAACAUGCGGGUGGAGGAUUACUACACUGUGGAGACAGUUAGCUCUGGAUCAGACUGCAAGUGUUCAUGCACGGCACCUCCAACCUCCCUCAACCCCUGCGAGAAUGAGUGGAAGAUGGAGAAACUUAAGAAGCAGGCACCAGAAUUACUCAAGCUACAGUCUAUGGUUGACCUUCUGGAGGGGACGCUGUACAGCCUGGAUCUCAUGAAGGUGCACUCGUACAUCAACAAAGUCGUUUCACAGAUGAACAACCUAGAAGAGACCAUCAAGACAAACUUGAGCCGAGAAAACGACUUCAUGAAAGAAAGUGUCAUGAACCUGUCCAAUCAGAUGAAGAAAUACGAUAAUUAUUCGGACAUCAUGCUAAGUAUUAAGAAAGAAAUAUCCAACCUGGGGUACCAGCUGUUACAGAAGGAUGCGCCGGAGAACAAAGUACAGGACACAACAGGAGUGAAAACCAAAGACGUCACCAGGUCGUCCAGCAGUAAAAGGAAUGCGGGAGACAAGCCCUUGACCAAAGCCGCAAAGGAAAAGCAAUCGAAAGCUGAGAAACCCAAAAAGGAAACUAGCAAGUCCAAAGCAGCGGUACCACAACCGUCUCCGAGACCGAGAGUCCCUGCGCAGCAGCCGGUUGUCAUACGAGGGGUCACAUACUAUAAGGCUGGCCGAGGGGAUGACACAGAGAUUGUCACCAGCCAUCGAGAGACCUCAAUCAAGGGAAACUCACGAGGUGAAAAACAGGAACCAAAAAUAAACGGGGAAAACUCGGAAGCCAAUGUGGUCCAGGAAGGAAGUAUAAUACGGACAGAAAGACCACACCUGCCGACAACCACUCCUCCGACCACCACCGAAACCAAAACCACGACAACCAAACCUACGACCACCACUCCAGAACCCACAAUCACCACACUUCCCUCCACUGGACAGGGAUCUGAAACAGAAAUCCAUAACAAGGUGAGAGAAGGCGAGUGUGAAGGAACCAUCGCCUCUGUGGAAGCUCCAAAGAAACAACACAGCUAUGGACGUAAUGAGGGAGCUUGGAUGAAAGAUCCUAUAGCCAAGGAUGACAGAAUUUAUGUCACUAAUUACUACUAUGGGAACAACCUGGUUGAAUUCAGGAAUCUGGACAACUUCAAGCAAGGGCGCUGGAGUAAUCUCUAUAAAGUUCCAUACAACUGGAUUGGUACAGGUCAUGUGGUAUACCAAGGAGCAUUCUAUUACAACAGAGCUUUCACCAAAAACAUUAUCAAGUAUGACCUGAAGCAGAGAUUUGUAGCUGCCUGGACCCUCCUGCAUGAUGUGGUCUAUGAAGAUACCACCCCAUGGAAAUGGAGAGGUCAUUCUGAUAUUGACUUUGCUGUUGAUGAGAGUGGCCUCUGGGUCAUCUACCCAUCUGUGGACUAUGAUUACUCUCAACAAGAAGUCAUAGUUAUUAGCAAACUGGACCCCAAUGAUCUGUCAGUCAAGAAAGAGACCACAUGGAAAACAGGCCUCAAGCGCAACUCGUAUGGUAACUGCUUCAUCAUUUGUGGAAUCCUUUAUGCUGUGGAUGUUUAUAACCAGAAAGAAGGGCAGAUUUCAUACGCAUAUGACACACACACAGACACAGAAGCUGAUCCAAAGUUGCCCUUCAUCAAUGAAUAUGCCUUCACAACUCAAAUUGACUACAACCCUAAAGAAAAGGUACUCUAUGCCUGGGACAAUGGACACCAGUUGACUUACAAAGUGAACUUUGUCAUCUGAUUUAAUUGUUGGCUUUUUAGGGUCAAUCAUAGAGAAGAAAGCACUUUCAGACAUUGGUUUUAAACGUGUUGCUUGGAAGCAACUAAGCAAUUAGCAUCUGGCUUUCAGGCGGUGUAAAAGUUCUUGCCAUUAAAGGUUUAAAUGGUUUUACUAACAGGCCGUGUGACUAAUCUCUUGUGAAACAAGAAAACUUUAUUGUAAAAGAGAUAAUGGCCAUUGACAGGAAUGUCUUCUUAUAAAUAAAAGAGUCUCUUUCUUAUUGUCGGCCUCAUGACAUUUGAUCUUUUUCAACUUAACCACAAUGGCGUGCAGUCCUAUUCAUUCAUGGCUAAUAAUAAACAACAAUAAUGGCCACCCAAAACCAACAUAAGGGAAACCUGUGUGAAAUUCCAUAUCAUGACGUCUUUAUACAUUUUAUAGAAAACUUGUAAAUCAGUAAACUCUAUGUUGACUUGUCAUUGGAGGAGAAAAACAGAAACGCUCAAUCUGUUAUCACAUGGCAAAACAUUCUCACCAAUUAAAGUAUCUAAGGAUGAACCAUUGUUUCCAUACAAGCAUACGCAGUGUAAAUAUUCCACCAAUAUUCGGAAGUGCAACCGACUGAUCUGGUCCAUUGUCUUAGUACGGAAAUAAAUUAAGACUAUAACUGACAACUGCUAUUUGGUUUUCAGCCUGGGGGAGAAGUUAUUUCUGUUGUAUUUCAGCAAAAUAUUGUGUUAGCGAUAUUUUUCUCCAACCUACAGUGUUGAUUAUAACAAUCACUUCCCAAAACUGCUUUUAUGUGUAAAUACUGAAAUUAUUUGCAUUUAGAUCUCGAGCAGGAAAUCCAUUUCCUAUGUAGUUGAUAAACAGAUGCGGCUCCAUUCUUGCAAUGUUUAAAGCCAUUGUGUUGUUUGAUGGAAAAAAAAAUACUUGUAUAUAAAUAUGGUCCUGUGUAAAAGAUGUAUCUAUCGAGAAAAGGAUGUAUAAAAUAACUUUUAUUUAAAUGUAAAACAGUUUAUACAUUUGUACAAAUAUUGUUAAAAAAAAAAAAAAAACAUUAAAACUUUAACUUUCA